UGGAAAUCAGCAGAGGCAUGUAAGGGGGGAGCAGCUCCCGUUCCUCUUCCCUCUCCCUCCGUGCCUCCCUCCUCAGAGCCUCUCUCUCCUUCGGAUUCGGAAAUAAUUACAGCCCGUCAGGACGCAGGAGGCUCCCGGGAGUCACUGCUCCAGGUUCGACUUCGCGGCAGCGACAGUCCCGAGCUGAUCACAGCUGAGGGCUUUGAUGGAAAGCCUCCCACGCAUGGGAGAAGGGGCUUUUUUUUUUCUCAUGUAUGCCUUAGAAAGGCAUUUCCCUUUAAUUACUAAGGGAGGACAGAGCACAGCUUUCUGGCCAGCUGACAAACCUGCCUGAGAAAAAGCCUCCGCUCCCCUCUCCCGAGGUGGCCAAGUGCCCAGCCGGAGGGACCGGGGUGGUAUCUCACUUCCGGCCCUGGACCCGCCAACUCCAGCACAGAGGUUGCAAUGGAAAAACUGCUCUGAGAUAAGGACGUGGCGCGCAGGGCAGCUGAGCCCCGUCACCAUGCCUCCUCCGGCUCCGAGGGGACCCUUCCUCCUGCUCCUUCUCCUCGCAGGUCUGCCGGCAGUGACUCCCGGGAGCAGCCAGCUGCACAUUUCACCCAGCGACCCCGAAAUCAUCCUCAGCCUCUUCGGCAGCUCCUCCCUGACGUGCUCCGGGGAGGCCGAGGUGGUCUGGGAGCGGGACCGGCAGCCCCUGGCCGCGUCGCUGGAGCAGAGAGAUGGCGUCUUCCACAGCAUGGUCACGCUCCACAACCUGACAGGCCUUGACACGGGGGAGUACGUGUGCACCUACAACCACUCCCUGGGCUGGAAGCAGGCGGAGAGGAAGGCCAUCUAUGUCUACGUGCCAGACCCCUCCCUGGUCUUCCUGCCCAGUGACUCCGCGGAGUCGUUCAUCUUCACCACGGGCUACACAGAGGCCACCAUCCCGUGCCGCGUGACCGACCCUGCCUUCCACGUCACCCUUUACGAGAAGAAGGAUGACACCCCGAUCCCUGCCACCUACAACAGGCAGCAGGGCUUCAAGGGCUUCUUCGAAGACAAGACCUACAUCUGCAAGGCGACGCUGGACGACCGGGAGGUGGACUCGGACAACUACUACAUCUACAGCAUCCAGUCUUCUUCGAGCGUUAACAUCUCCAUCAGCGCGGUGCAGACCCUGGUGCGGCGAGGAGAGAACAUCACCGUCAUGUGCACCGUCAGCGGCAACGAGAUACUCAACUUCAACUGGAUGUACCCCGGCCUGGAGACGGGCAAGGUGGUGAAGCUGGUGACGGACUUCCUGCCCGGGUCCAGCCACGAGAUCCGCUCCAUCCUCAUCAUCCAGAACGCGGAGCUGGAGGACGCGGGCUCCUACAUCUGCAACGUCUCAGAGGGCUUCCAGCAGAACAUGGACAUGAAGGACAUCACCGUCAGUGUGGUCGAGCGUGGGUUCGUGAAGUUCCUCUCCGAAUGGCACACCGUGGUGUUUGCCGAGGUGCACAAGAGCCCCACCAUCCGGGUGCAGCUCGAGGCCUACCCCCCACCCACCAUCCAGUGGCUCAAGAACAACCAGCCCCUGAUGGUGAGCAGCAGCAGCGACUUCUCCAUCACCACCCGGAAGCUGUCGGAAACCAGGUACGAGACAAAUCUGAACCUGGUGCGGGUGGAACCGAAAGAGGGGGGCAACUACACCAUCCGGGCGUCCAACGACGACGACACGCAGCACCUGAGCUUCUUCCUGCAGGUCAACGUCUCAGCCAAGGUGCGGGCGCUGCACGAGAACAGCACCGUCAAGGGGGAGCAGAAGGUGCUGUGCUCCGCCGAGGGCAUGCCGCAGCCGGAGAUCAGCUGGUACACCUGCAGUGACCACAAAGGACAAUGCAGCCUCCAGCCCAUUCAGCAGCUGGGCAAUGCCUCUGAGGAGAUGCAGCUGCAGACCAAUGCCACGUACCACGAGGCGCUGCGGGUGUACCACGUCCACAGCACACUGCAGCUGCGCCGGGUGGACGAGCCCCUGCUGCUCCGGUGCGCCGCGCAGAACCUGCUGGGCACCAGCCACCGCGACAUCAAGCUGGUGCCACACGCCUUGUCCUUCAAGGUGAUCAUCAUCUCUGGGGUCAUCCUGGGUCUGCUGGCACUCAUCGUCACUUCCCUGAUCAUCCUCAUCAUCCUGUGGAGGAAGAAACCUCGCUACGAAAUCCGGUGGAAGGUGAUCGAGUCGGUGAGCUCCGACGGACACGAGUACAUCUACGUGGACCCCUUGCAACUCCCCUACGACUCCAGCUGGGAGGUCCCCAGGGACAAGCUGGUGCUGGGGCGCACGCUCGGGUCCGGGGCCUUUGGCCGUGUGGUGGAGGCAACAGCCCACGGCCUGAGCCACUCGCAGUCCUCCAUGAAGGUGGCCGUGAAGAUGCUCAAGUCUACUGCCAGGAGCAGCGAGAAGCAGGCCCUGAUGUCGGAGCUGAAGAUCAUGAGCCACCUGGGGCCUCACCUGAACAUCGUCAACCUGCUUGGAGCCUGCACCAAAGGAGGCCCCAUCUACAUUGUCACAGAGUACUGCCGCUACGGAGACCUGGUGGACUACCUGCACCGCAACAAGCACACCUUCCUGCAGUACUACAGCGAGAAGAGCAGGCGGGAGGCUGAGCUCUACGGAAACACCUUCAGUGAGGACCAGAUCCAGAGGCAGACAUCCGUGUCCAUCGAGAGCGAUGGAGGCUACAUGGACAUGAGCAAGGAUGACUCCCUGGAUUACGUGCCCAUGUCGGAUAUGAAAGGAGAGAUCAAGUACGCUGACAUUGAGGCCUCCAACUACGGCACGCCGUACGAGCUGGACAGCUACUCCCCAUCAGCUCCUGAGAGGACAGACCAGGCAACCUUGAUCAACGAGUCCCCCAUUCUCAGCUACACGGACCUCAUCGGGUUCAGCUUCCAAGUAGCCAACGGCAUGGAGUUCCUGGCUUCCAAAAAUUGCGUGCACCGUGACCUGGCAGCAAGGAACGUGCUGAUCUGCGAGGGGAAGCUGGUGAAGAUCUGCGACUUCGGGCUGGCCCGGGACAUUGUGCGAGACUCUAACUACAUUUCCAAGGGCAACACUUUCUUGCCUUUGAAGUGGAUGGCGCCCGAGAGCAUCUUCAACAACCUGUACACGACCCUGAGUGACGUGUGGUCUUUCGGGAUCCUCCUCUGGGAGAUAUUCACACUGGGUGGGACGCCCUACCCUGAGCUGCCCAUGAACGAGCAGUUUUACAACGCCAUCAAGCGGGGCUAUCGCAUGUCCAAGCCCACGCAUGCCUCUGACGAGAUCUACGAUAUCAUGCAGAAAUGCUGGGAAGAGAAGUUUGAGAUCCGACCUUCCUUCUCACAGCUGGUGGUGCUGAUGGGGAACCUGCUGAUGGACGGCUACAAGAAGAGGUACCAGCAGGUCGAUGAGGAGUUCCUGAGGAGUGACCACCCUGCCGUCGUCCGCACUCAGCCCAGGAUCGCCGGGGUGAACGGUGCCCAGCACAGCUCCAGCGCCAGCAGCAUCCUCUAUACUGCCGUGCAACAGAACGAAGGGGACAACGACUACAUCAUCCCCCUGCCCGACCCCAAGCCCGACGGAGCAGACGAUAUCCCCCAGGAAGCUUCCGUCAGCCGGGCCAGCUCUACACUGAACGAGGCAAACACCUCAUCUACGAUAUCCUGCGACAGCCCCCUGAUCCCAGCGCAGGAUGAGGAACCAGAACCAGAACCGGAACCAGAACCAGAACCAGAGCUGAAGCCAGGCUGCCAGCAGCCGAGCCCUGGGCAUCACGACACGGAGGAGAGCUUUCUGUAGCUGGCUCUGGGCUGAUGCUGCACCUCACCCACCAGGGAGAUGGGCCAGGGGCCAACCCAACCUGGCAGAGCUGUGCUAUGCAUCGGGGGACCCCUGUGCCUCAGUGCUCCUUUUUUCAUCCCACCUUCCAGCACAACCGGGGAAAGACGGACGCGUUCCCUUUCUGUGCCAAAGGACCACGCGCCAACCCCCACCCCGUCCCAUUGCUACACACCAUCCCAGCCACCCAACUGUGGAAGAGCAGAGGCGUCUGCUCACAGAAAAACCUCUUCUCACCAUGAAAGGAGAUGCUGUCUCUAUAGGAGACGUUGCCUUUCCCUCUGCUUGAUUGCAUAUCCCAGCCUCUAUCCCGCCCUGCUAAAAUGCACGGCGCUGAAUUCCAGCUCAUCUCCAUCGUACCCGCCUCUCUGAUGCUCGGUGUAGCAGCCAUGCGGUGGGCACAGCAGAGCUGCCAGGGAUGGCCGGCUGGACAGACAGCCCCCUCUCGUAGCUCGCUGGUGAGGCGAAGAGAAGCCAAAAGGCCACACUCCAGCCAUUAAGAGAAACGGGAUUCUCCCUCAAGCACAACCAAGGUAUAGCGACUGCCGAAAAGAGGCCUGCGGUGGGUCUCAGAGACGUUGGGUCGCUAGCCGGCGCACACACCCUCUGCAGCAUUUCGGAGAUGGGGCAGCACCGCAAGCACUGUGGUACAGGUACCCGUGGUGCUGCGCCACGUUGCUGCAGGCAUCCCAAGGGGCUGUCCUAGAUUGAACCCUCCUUCUGCUCAGAGCUGCUCCCUGGGCUGCCAAGGGCAUGCCGGGACCUGGAGACACUCAGAGCCGUCUUCUCCUGUGUGAACGCUAACCCCGAUCACUCGCUUCAAGGGAACAAGCCAGAUCUCUUCAUUCACCAUCCAGGGCCAGUAUAAGGAAGGAAUGGCUACCUGUUCAACGUGAUGCGCCGCUGAACCUGGCUGGGAGGGUCUCCCAUCCCGGCUGUGUGUUGUCUGUGGGGACCAGGUAGAGUCAGGGGCUUGUCUGAGUUCCUCUUUCCUUCAGGACAGGGGGUGUCAACUGAGCCUCUUUCCCGAGGCAAAGCCAUGCUGAGUGGCCAGGGUGCGAGCACACCAGCCUAGGAGGCCCAAAGACAUCUCACAUAAGACAGAGAGAGAGAGAGAGAAAAAGAGAGGCUGUGAAGUCCCCCGAGUGCCAUGCCAUGUCUAUGCCCCCGCCACUGAGAAGCUGUUGGUGGCCCACCUGCCAGAGGGAAGCCACCAAGCAGCCUGUCCAGUUGCAAGGGGCCAGCUGAUCCCAGGCAGAUGUGGCGCCUGGAGCCCUGCGGGCUGGGAGCUGAACAGAAGAGGGAGGAUCGGUCUGGAGGAAAGGGCUGGGGGGCAUGACCCGAUCACCCUCCCUUACAAAGCCAUCUGCAGGGUGGACACGUGGAGACCCUCCCUCCUGCUUCACACCCAGCAUUUCAAACAGAGUGUGAAGUCCCUGCCAAGGUGGGCAAGAAGCAGCCCAGCCGCGGUAGCAAGGGGAAUCACUUCAAUUGGGGAAACCGCAGUUUUCCUCCUCCGAGAGUACUGAGUAGACUCGAGCCUUUCCCGGGCCUCCAUCACCUCUUUCACCUUCCCCUCCCCAGCCGCACUCAGUGGCUGCGUGCCUCCGGAGAGAGCUGGUCAGACAUUGGGGUGACCCUUUGUUCAUAGUGGCCUCGCUAAAGCUAGACCGAGGGGAACAGGCAUGUCCCGUGAGGUUUGCCUUGCCAGUAAAAUGCAAACACUGUUAGUGGUAGCCAGGAGAGUGCUGCUGAUAAUAACCACAGUCAGUACAGUUUGUCUUUUCCAGCCUGAAAGGUCAGCCUUCCCAGCAUCCAGAGCAUCUGCCCUGUGAACAGCAAACGUUUUUCCCCACGUACCAGUCCUCUAGUAAGCUCCAUGUGCCAUGAGCAGCCCCCAGGCCACAACACUGCAGCUGCGUGGGGUGAGACCGCUUUACCUUUACGUGGUGGAGGCUCAGGUGGGUACGUGCCACCGCAAGGUCAGCCCAUGGGGUCUCACUCCUGCAGGGCCACUGCUCUUCUCCCACAAUGCGAGUGGCACGUAUGCUCCACCCGGGUGGGCUCGGGUCCCUGCAUGAUCACAGGCUUUACCUGCCAGGCUGGUUUCUCUCUUCACGGCGCCUCUUCUUACUCCUUGCAGUUGAACAUGGGAUCAUAGCCCUGGAAGGGGCUUCCUGGGGUAAAGCCCAUCCCUGCUGUUGCAAACAUGGUAUCAUACAAUCCUGUUCCCACUGUGAGCUUAGAUGCUGGAUGUGUCUAGGAGGGUUUGGACUGGGCGGAUCCUGCCUCGGGCAGGGGGUUAGACUAGACGAGCUCUGGGGGGCCCUUGCAGCCCCAUUUCUCUGUGAUGUCUAUGAAUGACUGAUCAGGCCCGUCUUUCAAAAAGUUAGGCCUCUUGCCACCACUCUGAUUGAUUUCUUCUUGGAUUACUUCUUCCUGCAGACUAUAGGUAUGCAUGGCCAGUGGGAUCCCGCUUUGUUCUGCUGCCAACAUCGUCCUUCAGCUUGAAACGCUUUCUUCCCUCCCUGCUGUCUCCCUUCCUGCCGUACUUUUGGAGAGUAAUGCUCUCCUUUUGCUAAGCUAAGCGGUCCAGCCGGCUGCGUUCCUCUCCUAAGCCAGGCUCUCCAUUCCCCUCCUCUUCCUCAUCGCCUUUCUCUGCACCUGUUCCCGUUUCACUUCGUCUUUCUCGCAUGUGGGUGGCCAGCACGGUGCCCAAGAUCCCAGAUGGCAUCCUACCAUUAUCUUGCACAAUGUCCUUCGUACUUCCCUCUGUCUACGGAAAAUACCUUGCGUGAUAGAUCCUGGUAUUGCACUGGUCUUUUCCACAGCUGCAUUGCAGGGGAGGCUCAGAGCCAACCUGCGAUCCACAAACGCAACCAGACCUUUCUCCUCUGCUGUCGCUGGAGCUGAGGGAUUGUCAGCACAUAGCAGAAAUUCUUGUCGUUAGCCCUCAAGUGCAUGAUCUUGCCCUUUGCACUUUUAAACGCCCUCUGUUCCUGUUACUCCAGUCCCCAAGGCCUUCUGCUCGCCCACUGGAUUGACAAUGUUCCCAAAUUUGGUUUCAUCAACCGUUUUCUUUCCCCUUCUCCUACAUUUUGUGCCCAAGUCCUCAAUGAAAUAAGAUCGGUCCCAAGACUGAUCCUUAACAAGCUCCUCUAGUAACUCCCCUCUCACCUGAGGCUGCCCUGGGUAACCAGUUGCCAUCUCUCCUUUAGCCAGUCCCUUGCUCGCUUUGCAACAUCUCAUAUUAAUCAUCUCCAGCUUCACUAAUUAUUUCCCACAUGUCACCAUAUUGGAUGCUUUUCUGGUGUCCUGAGAGAUACAAUCUACUGCAUAUCACAGAUUAGAUAGCUUAGCAAAGAAAGAGAUCAGACUGGUCUGGUUUAGCUCCAGCAAACCCAGGUUGUAUUUUCUCUCGCCCCCCUUUUCUUUUUUUUCUUUUCCCUCGUUGUCUUUAUUCUUUCCUUCAAAGCUCCCCCUGACACCUGUCCUGUUGCUGAGGUCAGCUUAACAGGCCUGUUGUUGCUCUAAUUACUUCCCUCCACCCUUCAUCUUCAAACAGAUGCUACCUUAGAUGUUCUCCAACCAGUUGGCAUUACCCUUAAGUUACUAGAGUUAUUAAAAUAGUUGCUGCCAAGCCCAUUCUUGCACUCCGUGGUAUUUUCAGGUCUUUACUUGAAAUACCCCAUUAGCUGCUGCCUCUCUGUGCAACGCUGCACUGCACACAUCAGACCUUCUGGCUCUGGCGGCGGGAGUCACAGGCAAAGGGAACCUGAUGCCAGUCGGAUGCUUUGUGGCCCUGUCUGGGCUCGAUGCGAAGUGUCUGAUCUGCUUUCCGCUUGGCUGCAGAACUUAGUUUCACAUCCUGCCCAGGGCGUGCGGUGAGAUUGCUGCCUUGCCGCCGCAGUAGAAAGCCUUUCAGCUCAGGGUAGAGGGUGCUGGCCAGGUGAGCGCCACGCAAGGUAAGACACCAGCCAGGUAGCCCCAGGAAACCCAAGGAGGGAACCCCGUUUUCCAAAGAGUGGACUCACUUGGCUCAAUUCACCACAUUGGAAACAGCUCUGGGGAAAGCCCCCCAGGUGCCCACAGAACAGAGUCAGUGGCCCAAACCAGCCCAGAUUUAGGGUUCACCGCCUCUCUCUCUCUCUCUCUCUCUCUCCCCCCCUCCCUACUUCUGACAUUCCAGCCCCCGGUAAAUCAGACCAUGGGGGGCAAAAUACCAUAACUUUUCCGUUGCCAUCAAUUGUAACCGGGAUGCGUCCAAUCCUAUUCAGAAGGGAACCAAUGCCUCUAGGUUUUAGUUUAUGUGGUUGGUUUUGUUUGGUUGUGGGGUUUUUGUGUAUGUAGAGAUGAGCCCAAACUGAACCCCACAUCCCAGCCCCUAAAUCUUUCCAGCCUCCGCAAAGGGAAUCCAGUUCUGCAGUUUGGGGCCAUCUCUACCGCCUCUCUUUAAUUGUAUGUUACGCCGCAGCUCGUCCAAUGUUAUCAGCACCAGUAUAAGCCUGUUCUUUCUGCCAGCCACUAUUCCUUGUGCUAUGUAUAUCCGGGGGAUGCCUGUCACGCCGCAGUGUUUCUUUCCAUGUUUAAGACGCUUAUGCUGAUGUGCACGCGGUUUGUAGUCCUCUUGUCUUCUGCUCCUCGGAUGUGUUGUUUAAACCAGUGUUUGGCGCUGCGUUGUGAAAUUCAGAGCAUGGUGGACUUGACUUGCAAUGAGCUGCCUCGGUUCCCAGCCCCGGGGACCCUGCUGGAGGGGGCUUCCCAGCGGCAGGAGUUUGCCAGGCACCGACAAAGAGCAGCCAGUAGAAAGUUGGCCAAAGUGGGAAAUGCCCCCUUGUGCAGGCCCAACAACUCUCCGAGAGGUUCAGGGCCAGGUGGACAGAAACAUCCAAGAGAUUCGGUAAUAGGGUGGGACGGGGCACCACAUUAGGCGCCAGUGCAUGACCCUGGAUGGAGGCAGGCAGGGGGUCUCCUCACUGCAUCUUUUGGGAGAGCUUUACCAAAGGCAAGCUGCAUUGUGAGCAAGGCAGGGGCAGGCACCCCUCCGCAGGGUUUACUCCUCAUUCACACAUCACGCCUCGGUGCUGCCCCCGAGCCCAGCUUUGGGGUCACGGUAUUGGUGUCCAGAGUGCCCACACAUGCCAUGGUGCAAGGAACCGUGGCCGCCAGCCAGAGCAGCCCCCGAGAGCUGGCAGGGCCAAGCACAGCAGCACGGCUCAGCGAUGGCACGUCCAUUCAGAGAGCAGCCGAGCGGCAGCUCCUGGGCACCUGCAGGCCCUGCCCUCCUGGCCCUGCCCAGGUGAAGCCUACCAGGACCUCAGGCUACCUCCCAGACUGCUGCCACGGCCUGAAGUCACUCAGCUGGGUGGCAUUGCAGCAGCUGGGACAACAGCAGACCUGGGGGCUGCAGGAUUGAGAGAGUGGGGAGAGUCAGGACUUCUACCUAAUCAGAUGAAACAUUACCUGGUGCCUUCUGUCCUGGCAGCAUGCGCCUGUCCUGGGCUCUUCCUCCGCCACGUUCAUGCCUGGAUGGAAACAUCUCCUGCGCUCAUCUUUGUCGUUAGCCUGUCUAAAGUCAUGGGGGGUGGGGGGGAGAAGCCAAACUGAGAUCAAACUACGGUACCAAAGAGCUAAUGUCCUCCUAGGUGUUUACAAGUGUGUUAGUAGGACUCUUAUUACAUCGCAUUUAUACCCGUGAGAUAUUAUUUUUAUGCUGUAAACUUUACACACGUGUUUUUAAAGAAAAGGUUUUUUAAAAUUAAAAAGUUUUGUUUUCUUUUUCA